GAACGAACGAGCCGAAUCGAAUUCAGCUGGUGCAUUGGAUCAUUCGGUCAGAUAGAAUCGUUUGCUCCGAUGCUGAUAGAUAUUGCUACAGCAGCGUCUAAUAGCACGAUCGACUUACACAUUUCUAUUUUCGUGACGUGCCUUUGCAAUCCAGAAGCGGUACCUCACAUCCCUAAUCUCAUUGUCACACUCUCGCGUCCGUCUGUUCAGGAUCUUCUCAAGGACUUGAUCAGUCUUUCGCCAUCGUCUGAAAAGGAAGAUUCGAUCGAAACCCAAUGUGAAGAAAGCCAGACAUUGAUGGGCUCGGGUGGUGGAGUCGCGGUCUGCGCUAGCGGCCCAGACAGCUUGACGAGAGACUCGCAGAAUGCAGUCGCGAGAUUGGGUUUGACAGUGGGUAUGGAUGUGGGCGGGAUUGCUCUACAUACAGAGCUGUUUACUUUGUAAC